AUGUCCUUGUCAGGAAAGGUCGCCAUCGUCACCGGCGGCGCGCGAGGCAUCGGCGCCGCGAUCGCGUUGAAGCUCGCACGAGAAGGAGCCAGGGUCGCCUUCACGUUUGUAAGCACAUCAUCUAUAGCAAAGGCCCAUGAGGUCAUAUCCGAGAUCGAGGCCUGUGGGUCCUCGGCGACGGCCAUCCAGGCCGACGUCUCGAAGCACCAGAAAAAGGUCAUCGAGCGCACGAUGAUGGCCUUCGGCGUCACAAAGAUCGAUAUCCUCGUUAACAACGCCGCCGCUACGCUCAGCGCGACGCUCGACGACACGACGACCGAGGACUACGACCGCAUUUUCGAUACCAACACCCGCGCCGUCUUCUUCAUGAUGCAGGCCGUCAAGCCCCACAUCGCCCCGGGCGGUCGGAUCAUCAACAUCUCGUCCGUCGCGGCUCGCGCUGACAGCCCCGGUAGCAUGGCGUAUGCGGGCAGUAAAGCUGCCGUCGAGGCCUUCACGCGCGUUGCGGCGCGGGAAAUGGGGCAGGCUCACGGCGUCACUGUGAACUGCAUCAGUCCGGGCACGGUCAAAACGGAGAUGUUUGACUCGCUGCCGGACGACCAGCGAAGCGCCGACCUGGAGAGGGCGACUCUCACGCCCGCGGAGGCCAGGCUGGGCGCCGUCGAGGACAUCGCUGACGUCGUUGCCUUCGUGGCGAGUGAUGAGUCCAGGUGGAUUACGGGGACGGUUAUCCCGGUCAAUGGAGGCCGGCUGAUGAACUGA